UGGAAACAGGUAAUUUUCUCUUUCUUUUCCAUUUUGGUGCUCGCUCCGCCUUUGUAGUCCAUGCCAUUUGCUUAUUAUUUCAGUCUUCGUAGACUUGAAGCUCCAAAUUAAUUUCAGACUACAAAGUUUCCCGCAGCAACGAAUGGAGUCGUGUCCUUCCAUAAAGAAUAUUCUCCUCCUGGAUUCUGAAGGGAAACGUGUAGCUGUCAAGUAUUACUCAGGUGAUUGGCCAACCAAUGCUGCAAAGGAAGCUUUUGAGAAAUUGGUAUUUACUAAGACGCAGAAGACCAAUGCUCGGACUGAAGCGGAGAUAACUAUGUUGGAAAGCAACAUUAUUGUUUACAAGUUUGUUCAAGAUCUUCACUUUUUUGUUACCGGGGAUGAAGAUGAAAAUGAGCUGAUCUUGGCCACAGUUCUUCAGGGUUUUUUUGAUGCAGUUGGCCUUCUCCUAAGAGGUAAUGUAGACAAGAAGGAGGCUCUUGAGAACUUAGAUCUCAUUUUGUUAUGCCUUGAUGAAAUUGUUGAUGGCGGUAUUAUUCUUGAAACGGAUGCAAAUGUUAUCGCGGGGAAGGUUGCAAGUCAUAGUAUGGAUGCUGGAGCUCCUUUAUCUGAGCAGACAAUUAGUCAAGCAUUGGCCACUGCUCGGGAACAUUUAACAAGAUCCCUUCUUAAGUGAGAGAUCAGAGACUUGUUUUUGAAAUUCUGAAAUUUUACUAUGUACCUGUUUACUGGGUUUACAGGCAUCAGAUUGUUUUAGUGUUGCUUUCUUAAACCGGGUGGAUGAUGCUGCUAUUUUUGUUGGCGAAAGUAACAAUUUGUUGGCUUUUUUGCAUUUUUAACCUUUUUUUAUAGUUAUGUAAACUUCAAUUGAUCUGAACAUAAAACACACAGAGCAGGGCAGUGUGCCUGUCAGAGGAAUUAAAAUGGUUUUUACCCUA